AUGAUAUAAUUAUUUAUCAUCAUAGCACUUGCUUUUUCUAAGCCACUCAAUCCUAAGAAAGUCUUGUAUGCUAUAAAUUGUGGUGCACCUUCAAAUUAUAAAAGUCCUUCAGGAAUUCAAUAUGAUAAGGUAUUGUUACUUUAUAUAUUAUUUCUAAGGAUAUAUAAACAGAUCCUGAAACAGUAGUAGCAGAUUACAGUUUGAAUUCUGAAGUGUCUAGUCAACAAAUCAAAUAUACAAGAGAGCCAGAAAUAUAUUUAACAGAAAGACAUGCAUAUAAAACAUUCUCAUAUCAAAUUCCAUUGUAAAAAGAAGGCACUUAUACUUUAAUUCUUAAAUUUGCAGAAGUAUUUAAUAAUAUAAAUGAAAGAUGUACUUUGAUACAAAAGGAAAAAGAGUUUUCCAUGUUAAAUUUGGACAAUAAAGAGUCAUAGAAAAACUUGAUGUUGUAGCUAAGGUUGGAAAAUUUGCUUCAAAUGAUGAAUAUAUAGAAUUUGAAUAUAUAGCUGGUCAAGUAUUCCAUAAUGUAAAUUUACAUUUAUAUAUAAAAAUAGAAUGUUUUAUGUGUAGAUGCAGUUUAAGAUGGUAAAUUAUAAAUGAAUCUUGAAAAAACAAAAUUUGAUAAUCCAUAUAUUCAUGGAAUAGUUUUGUAUGCAGGUGGAAUCAAUGAAACAGAUUAUGAAGAAUAUUAAUAUAUGAAAGAAAAUUGGGAGAAAGUAAUAAAUGAAGAAAAGAUUAAAGAAGAAGUUGAGAGAUAAAAAAAAUCUGAAGCUAAAGUCAAAAGAAAAGAGAGAGUAAAAAUUAGAAAUGAUCACUUAAAUGAAGUAGAAAAUGAAUUCGAAGUUGAUGAUUAAUAAUAAAAUACUUCUAUUCCAGUAGCUAAAAAAGGUGGUUUAAGAAGCUUAAUUACUAGUCCUAUUGGAACUGCAGGUUUAUUCAUUUCAUUAUUUGUUGGAAUGUCUAUUCUUAAUAAGAUAAUGUCUGCUAUUUCGAAUGUAAUUUUAUACAUUAUAUAAAUUUAGGCUAAAAUAAAAGGAAUUGAAAAGGAUAUUAUUACUGAAUCUAAACCUAAGUAAGAGAAAUAACCAAAAGAAAAGAGUGAUGAAAAAAAGAAUAAACCAAAGGAUACAAAAGAGAAAUCUAAAGCAAAAUAAUAAUGAU